AUGGCGUCGCAAGGACAGAGACUGUCUCCCCUGAGACUGAAGCAGACUCUGCCGUUGAACGACGCAGUCGCUCGCUCGGUGGACCAAGGUCGCGACGCUAUCCAGCGUGCGCUGCAGACUACCAUCCCGUCAACACGGAUGUCCACGCCGCCGCAUCCCGGGCUCCUGGUCAUUGUCGGACCCUGCAGCGUGCACGAUCCAACUGCAGCACUGGAAUAUGCCCGCCGACUUGCGGCCGCGGCGGAAAGGUAUCGCGGAGAGCUGCUGAUCGCGAUGCGGGUCUACAUCGAGAAGCCCCGGACGACCGUCGGGUGGAAGGGUCUGGUCCACGAUCCGGACCUGGCGCAGGGGGCAGCGUCCGACUUAAACCGGGGCCUGUUUGCCUCGCGUCAGAUCAUGCUGCGGGUGGCCGAGCUGGGCCUGCCGGUUGUCACGGAGGUUCUGAGCCCCCUCGUGCUGCCGUUCGUCCAGGACGUGCUGGCCUGCGGCGUCAUCGGCGCCCGAACCACGGAGAGCCAGCCGCACCGCGAGCUGGUCAGCGAUAUGCCCAUGCCGAUGGGAUUGAAGAACGGCACAGACGGCGGGCUGGGAGUGGCCCUGGAUGCCAUGAAAGCCGCCGCGCAGCCCCAUACCCUAGUCUCUGUGGACGACGAGGGUUACCUCGUUGAUCAUUUCAGCGCCGGCAACCCCGACACGUUCAUGGUCCUGCGCGGCGGCAAGAGCGGGCCCAACUUCAGCCCGGAGCACAUUCUCCAGGCAGAGGCUGCCAUGGUCCAGGCGGGCCAGCCCGUCCGCCUCGUCGUGGACUGCAGCCACGGCAACUCGAUGAAGGACUAUCGCAAGCAGCCCCUGGUAGCGGCCAGUGUUGCCCAGCAGGUCGCUGCGGGAGCUCCCAUCGCGGGCGUGAUGCUCGAAAGUAACAUCAAUGCUGGCCGACAGGAUAUCCCCGCCGAUGGACUCGCCGGUCUUCAGUACGGCGUCAGCGUCACGGAUGGCUGCAUCGGCUGGAAGGAGACCGAACUUGUUCUGGAAGAGCUGGCUACUGCCGUGCGCGUGCGGCAGGCUGUGGCGCCCAAGCCGGUGGCCCUGCGCAGCCGGCGUCGAUCAUCCGUGCAGCAGUCCAUGGAGAAGCUGCGGCCCAAUAUUUCCAUCCUGGAGUUCUCGGGAUGA